CCGCCGAGGAAGUCGCCGCGAUGUCCGAGACCGCUCCCACCGCCGCCCCCGAUGCGCCCGCGCCCGGCGCCAAGGCCGCCGCCAAGAAGCCGAAGAAGGCGGCGAGCGGCUCCAAAGCCCGCAAGCCCGCGGGGCCCAGCGUCACCGAGCUGAUCACCAAGGCCGUGUCCGCCUCCAAGGAGCGCAAGGGGCUCUCGCUCGCCGCGCUCAAGAAGGCGCUGGCCGCCGGCGGCUACGAUGUGGAGAAGAACAACAGCCGCAUCAAGCUGGGGCUCAAGAGCCUCGUCAGCAAGGGCACCCUGGUGCAGACCAAGGGCACCGGCGCCUCCGGCUCUUUCCGCCUCAGCAAGAAACCCGGAGAAGUCAAGGAAAAAGCGCCCAAGAAGAGAACUGCUGCAGCCAAGCCCAAGAAGCCGGCGGCCAAGAAGCCCGCCAGCGCCGCCAAGAAGCCCAAGAAGGCGGCGGCGGUGAAGAAGAGCCCCAAGAAGGCGAAGAAGCCGGCGGCCGCAGCGGCCAAGAAAGCAGCGAAGAGCCCCAAGAAAGCCGCAAAGGCAGGCCGCCCCAAAAAGGCAGCGAAGAGCCCGGCUAAGGCAAAAGCGGUGAAGCCCAAAGCAGCCAAGCCCAAGGCAGCCAAACCCAAAGCGGCCAAGGCAAAGAAGGCAGCGCCCAAGAAGAAGUAAAUCGCACCAGGAGAGUUUUGUUCUACACACUUUGUUAUCCAACGGCUCUUUUAAGAGCCACCCACACUUUCCCUAAAGGAGCUGAUGCACCCAAGGUCGUCCGUAACCUGCAGCAGGGGUCCGGCAAUUCGUAAGUCGUCAAGAGGUCAAUUCUGUGUUGUUUUUGUUGUUCCCUAGGAUUAUCAAAAGAUGUACUAAAGGACGCGGUAGAGCGCGGCGGCUUUAGGGAAGUGUAGACUUUUGUUUUGCCUCCGAGUGAUUGCUUUUGACUACCAAGAAACAAUGAUUUGAUAAAAAAUCGGAUGUAUGUUUUUUUAAAAGAUAUAUUUUGUAACAAAAUAAUGCAAUUGCCAGGUACGCUACUACUGAGCCGUGUCUAAUCUUGUGAAUUUUUUCUCUAAGUAUUUCGUAAAUGCUUUUGUCUGUGCGGGGGGAGGAGGGUAGGGUUUCUUUACUUAUACAAAAAUAGCCCUGAUCUCUCCCAAUCCUUUUGUUCCCGAUGAGAAAGGAAGAGCUUUAAGUAUUGAAAAAACCCGCCCUGCACAAGGAUUGGCCAGCGGAAAUCCCGGCCCGCUGCCUUUCCCCCUCCCUUCCCCGCCGACGAUUACGCCUCUUAUCUCUGGAACUGUAUCAGCCACUGGGAGAAGAGGGGCGGAAAAGGGGGGGAGGGGCAGGAACUCUCAACGAACACAGACCGUGUGUUCUCCGGCAGAACUAAACGCAAAAUAUCUCACACCGUGAAGGACUUGCAAGGGGACGAGGGCAUUUUGAAACGACAUUGUUAACAAUAUGGAAAACACUGCUAUUAUAUCCGACCAAAAAUAAAGACAUGUUAAAACA